AUGCCCGGUCGUGAAGACGGCAUCAAGUGCCUGGUGGACCUGAUCUGUGGCUCGGUGGCGCUGUCGGCCGACUCCGGCCACCACGUGCGACUGCUGGUGCUGGGCGGCUCGCGGGUCGGCAAGACCUCCAUCUGCCGCCGCUUCCUAUACGGCGAGUUCGACGAACGCUACCGGCCCACCCUGGAGGACCAGUACUCGCGCAGCUAUCACAUGGGCGCCACGAGACUCCGAGUGGAUAUACUGGAUACGUGUGGCGACAACAGUUUCCCGGCGAUGCGCAGGGUUUCCAUCCUGCACGCGCAGGCCCUGAUGCUCGUGUUCAGCGUGGACAGCUACGCGUCUUUCCUGCAAGCGAUCGACUGUUUUACCGAGGUGCGCCGACUGCGUGACGACUUCCGUGAGCUGCCAACACUGCUGGUGGGGAACAAGAGUGACAUGGCAGGGAUCAACCGACAGGUCAGCCAUCGCUCGGCCGCCAGCUGGUUCUACUCAAAGAUGGAGCGCAACAGGGGCCGGUUCCUCGAGUGUUCUGCUCUGGCCAACACGAACGUCGCCGAGAUAUUCCGCGAGUACCUGCGGCUGGGUGGCAUUCCGCUGCCGGCGCCGCCGCCGCCCUCCAACUGGCGUCAGCUCUCGCUCAGACUCACCCGAAAACGCAGCGAGAGCCCACCUUCCACCUCCAGCUCGUCGUCCCCGGCACACGGGCCGAGCCCCAGCAUCAGCGACCAGACAUCCGAGGACAACGAAAAGGUGGCUACUAAACCCAACAGAUCGAAGCCGCGCAGCAAAAGUCUCGUCCGCAGACGGUCGAUGAAGAAGCGAAAGUCGACAGAACAGAAAACGGACGAGUGCGGCAUCCAGUGAAGAGCUUAUCAGAUGCUGCGCUCAGUUUUGUGGACAGUGAACUGUGGAGCUGUGUUUAUUGUUCAAUGAACAGUGCAUCCAUGGACGACUGCACUGAUGUUUUGACUUGUUGCUGUGGAUGCCCACGGCUGCGUGGUUAGAUGUUUGCUUCGAACUGAUAACUCAUGUGUUGCAGAAGAUACAUAUUGAUGUCGAUGUCAUUCUGCCUCAUCCGGCAAGUAUUUCUCACUGUCCAUGUCAGAGAUUACAUGUCAUUUCAUCCAUAUGCCUACAUGAGCAUAACAAAUGUGCAUUGCAAACGGAAUUGGGGCAAAUACUCCAUAGAGGGCAUAGAGGCUCUGUCGGUGUUGCGCAUUCCCUCGCUGAUAUAUCUUGGAAAGUCGCUCAUCGUCCUCAGGUAGCUCCUUUCCAGCGAACGCCAUCACAAGCUCAAAGCGAGAAGACACAAUGCGAGAAGUUGCUCAUGAUGUGUGAUGGGCUAUAGCCGUUGUGAAAAGCGAUGAAUUAACUCUAGUCAGAAUGUCCCGAUGUCGGCGGGAUGUUCAAAAUGAAUACAGAUACAUUGAUGCGUU